GAACUUCCUCCUCUCUCUGCACGUCUCUCAGCACAAGCACACCCUUUAUACUGUAUGUCUGUGUGUUCUUAGGACAAACUCUUGCUGAACUGCGGGAAGAGAGGCUGUUUGGGUGUGAUGGCAGAGCCACAGAGGGGCACUGGAAACCGGACUGAGACACACAUAAGGACUCUGUCUUCAGAUGAACCCCCCAGUUGUUCCAGUUUGACCACUAAGGAGCUGCAGCAGAACUUGAGGGAAGUGAAGAAGAGAGAGCGACCCGUCAGGCUGCUGUUUGAAAUCCCAUCGACUCGUAUUAUUCAUCAUGUUCUGUCCAAAUAUGUGGUGUAUGAGAUCGUGGUGAUGCGCUCUGGCAGCUUCGAUUCCCACCGUGUGCCUGUGGAGCGCCGUUACAGCGACUUUUCCCGCUUCCACCACAAACUGCUGGAGGAGUUUGAGGAGGAGCUGGAGGAUGUAGUUCUCCCCCGAAAACACCUGAGCGGGAACUUCAGCCCUGAAAUAAUCUCAGAGCGUCGCCUUGGCCUCCAGGACUACCUGGCUAAACUUUACAGUGUUCGCUGCGUUCGGCAUUCUCCUCAUUUCGCCAAGUUCUUCACUGAGCAGGAGCAGAAACGAGCACACGAUCUGUUGCGAGCGGGACAGUUUAAGCCUGCUGUGGAGCAGCUGCAGAAUGUGUUAGAGGUGGAGGAGAAGUUGUUACCUUGGCAGAACCCCACCCUGAUUGUACCCACCCUCUCCGCCCUCGCAGUCUGUUACCGGGACCUGGAGGAACCAGAAAAGGCCUCUGCUGCUGCUCAGAGAGCCUUGCCUCCAGUGAGACGCUACGGACUUAAAAACUACAGAGCUGCAGUGCUGGAUCUGCUGGUGGAUCUGGGUUAUCAGCUGGGACGUCCUGUCGCUCAGUUACAGGAGGAGCUGACUGUCCUAAGGGACGCUGAGAGGGGUGAGGUGUCCCCUCGCUCUCUGAAAGAGUUAGUGGUCCAACAGUUCCCCUGAGUCUCUGAAAGAGUUAGUAGUCCACUUGUUUCAGAGUCUCUGAAGAAGUUAGUGGUCCACCAGUUCCCAAGGCUUUGAAAGGGUUAGUGGUCCAUCAGUUCCCUGGAGUCUUUGGAGGAGUUCAUGGUCCAUGAGUUGACCAGAGGACGAUCCAGGUGAUUGGGACAAACCAAACCAACAAACUCUGGAGCUGAGCUGAAUCAGUGAUCCAUAACUUGCUCGUCUUUUGUCAGUAAAUCUUUCUCGGUCAGAUUCAGAGUUCUGCAGGAAAUCAGGACGUUUGGUAGAAAAUGACUGAGACAUCAAACCACAGCUGAGCUGUAAGUGUAAGUGAGAGUUGCAUGAUCUGUCCUUCAUACUAUAAAUAAUUUAUUUCAGUGUGUGCAAACUGUCACUACUAUCUGCAGUGAACAAAGUGAAUGUGCAUCACCAUGUCUGCAGAGGAACUAAUGUGUGUUGGCCAAUCUGUGCAGAGGAUGCAGUGAUUUCAACAAAACAAAAACUGGAACUCCCCGAAAAAGUUACCCAACCUGCUUCACUUUGUGUGUGUGUGCGCUUUUUUUUUUUUUUUUACAAGAGAACAAAGGCAAACCUCUCAGGGUGCUUUAAAACCUGCCCUGUUUGAUUCGGUUCAAUCGAACUCAGGUUAAUUCGCCCCCUAAGUAGUCUGUUUCGGGCAGGUGUGAACACAGCAAUCGCACUGGGGUGUGCACCAAAACAACCGAACCAAGACCUUCUUGAAGAGGUGGUCUCAGUCCGGUUAUAAAUGAACUCUGGUGCGGUUCAUUUGUGGUGAGGAUGUGUUCCGACCUGGAUGUGAAGCAACUGCAGUCACAUGACACAUUGUUUGGGUUAAACAUGAGCAUGUUACAGUCCUGGAGGAUUAUUAAUGUGCACCUCCUCCUGUACUGCCUUAAUAUGCACAUUCAGCACAUCCAAUGCAUCAAAACAUUGUUUUCUAGUUGGAGCCGCGCCUCGUUUUCAAACUGUAUGGUUUGACUAAAAUGAACAAUGACAGCAAUAUAGUCCACGAUGAGCAGCGCUAAAAUCAACCUGCGUAGUUGUCCCUCCAUUGUGACAUUAGAAAGUGUCACAUUUAUCUUGCCAGUGUACUCUUCUUCAACGUUUGCUUUACUUCCUGGAUUUUUCCCACAUGGAAAUUCUGACCAAUCAAGAGCAGCUUUCUCACACAAGGCAUUUGAUCUGGUCCGCUUGAAAAUGCUGUCGUGAGAACAUGAAUCAACUCUAGGCAAUUAUGCAACUGUGGAACAAAACUAGUCCCUGAUUCAGACCAAAGCAAGACAAAUCUAGGUCUGAAAACACCCAGUGUAACCCAUCCCCGUAACCCUGUCAGUGUAAUAUUGAUUAAUGAUACACUGUGAACUCUGAGUAAGAGUUUGGGUUUUAACAUGAAGAAUAAAUUGAAUGCACUGAGGAAACAUUUGGUCCAAAGAGAUUCUGAUGAAUGAGGCUGAAUGUUCUUCAUUCUCAGCUCAAACUGAAACAGCAGUUGAGUCUGUUCUGGAGCUCUCUAACAGAUCACAUGUUCUUCCUCAAGCUGAGAGCUUUUAAACCAACAGGGAAGAGAAGUCAUUACAGUGCUCAGAAAAUUGUAAAUGUGAACAGCUCCAUCUGCUGAGGAAGAUCAUGUGAUACAUAUGAAAGCUCCAGUUAUACACAUACAGUGAAAACUGACACUCUUGUGUCUUUGCUUUUUGUGGCACUAAUUUUGGUUUCUGAGUUUUCAAAAGUUCAGAUUCACUUUGUUAUUCUGUUGUUUCUGUAUAAAUCUUUUGUUUUGCUGAAUUGAAAUGAUUAACCCAUGAAUAUCAUAACAUCCUGAGACCUGAACUUUUGUUUGGUAUGUAUUUUUAAUUUCUCCCCACUAUUUGGGAUCAGUAGGACCUGAUAAGUAUAAAAACUAAACAUUGUUAACGACAAUAAAGUCCCAAUGUCCUCAAACAAGCUGAUGAUAAAUUCCCAACAUCUUCAAACAAGUAUGUCCUAAUUAACAGCGUCUUAGCUUGUUAUUGUUGCUAAAACUGGUAAAAUGUGUUGGUAUAUCAAACUGCAAACUUAAUUAAUCAUAUAUAAACAAGUUUCAAUUGUAAAAAUGUGAUCAGGUUUUGUACCUUGUCCAAUUUUGUGUCGGGAUCUGCUGCAGACUGACUUGGCAGAGAUGGCUGCCAUCUUGUUUUUACAUGGAUUAGUGUAUUGUGCUCUUACUACCACUAGAUGGCACAAAAAAGUGUCCAUGAACGAGGACAACAGGUCUAAAUUAAGUAGAUUAACUAUAAAGUGCAGUAAAUCCUAAAUGGACGUCCUCAUGUGAAGACACAGGGUCUCAGGUGGAUAAAUAUAAUGUGUAUUGCUGAUACAGAGUAUAACAGCACAGGGACUUUUAACUAUGAAUGUUUCACUCUGCUUUACAGGUGUUCUAAACUGUUAAUUUCAUUAAACGUUGAUUAUCCUGCAUUAAGAGUCAUCGCAACAAAUUUUGCACCGCAAACAUCCAGAUUUCCACAAAUAACGUUUGAGUUAAAUAAAAAUACUAAAUGGUCGUCAGAAGAGGAUUAAGGGAUGGAAAGAAACCUGGAUACUUCAGUGCAAACCUCCAUCUGUGCUCAUAUGACAACAGCUGAUAUCAUAAUGUACUUUUUGUUCAGCUGUUAACUCAUUUGAAUCACACAAAGGUGACUGUCAACACUCUUUUUUCACUGGUUGCACAAUAAAUGGAAACUUACAGAUAAAACAUGACACAAAGCAGCUGGUCUGUGGUAACAUGUAGACCCACACAAAGCAAGCGUGCAGGAAUGUUAAUGUGUUGCUUUGCGACAGUCCAGUCAAAGAGGCGAUAAAUGAUCAAAUAAACAAACAAAUCUUCAUCCGUUGUGGCUCAUUCUUUUUAACUUGUAAAUGCUUGUAGAACUGUUGAAAAGAAGCAAUGUCACACUUGAGGUCGUGCUGUUGUCCUGAAAAUCAGCUGUUAUUAAUGAAGUUAAUUUGUUAACGUGUGUUUGGGAGCAGGGCCACGCCUCCACCAUACUUCUGAUUACGUGCCAAGCCUGCCUAUACCUGGUCAACCUGCUCUGUUUGUCUCAGAUUUGUAGACCAACCCUCUGUUUCCCUUCCUUUAAUCCAUCAUUCCUUCAUCCCCUCAUCUCUUCUUAUU